AUGUAUUCUUUAUGCUGCCUCGGAAUCUCAUUGUCACUUUCCGGACUGGCAGCAGUAGCCGCCGCUGCCCCAGCUUCGAACAUCGCCAGAGCCGCUGAUGCUUGUCAUGUCACAUCGUACUCCGGUGUCGCUGCUGCUGUCUCUUCCUGUACCAACAUCACUCUGGAUGGUAUCGCUGUGCCUGGAAACACCACUCUUGAUCUCACCAAGCUCAAGGCAGGCACGACGGUGACGUUCGCUGGCAAGACAACUUUUGCCUACGCCGAUGCCAACUACGAUAUGAUCAAGUUCGCUGGUACCAACGUCGUGCUCACAGCCCAGAAGGGCGCGAUCAUUGACGGAAACGGUCAAGCAUGGUGGGACGGUUUGGGUUCGAACGGAGGAGUCGCUAAACCCAACCACUUCAUUACCGUCAAGGCCAUCGGUAAUUCCGUCAUCAAGGACCUUGUGAUCCAAAAUUAUCCUGUCCACUGCUUCAGUAUCUCUGGCAGUAACGGCCUUGUUGUGAAGAACAUUCUAUUGGACAACUCAGCUGGCGACGCACCCAACAACCGAUCCAAUGGACUUGCCGCUAGUCACAAUUCUGAUGGAUUCGAUAUUUCAAGCACUGAUGGCAUGAUCCUGAAGGAUUCUCGGGUCGUGAACCAAGAUGACUGUGUUGCUAUCACCAGUGGCAACAACAUCACCGUUUCGAACAUGUACUGCGACGGCGGUCAUGGUCUGUCGAUCGGUAGUGUUGGAGGCAAGAGCAACAACAAUGUCACCAACAUCCUUUUCGAGAACAGCAAGGUGUUGAACAGUCAGAACGGCGCAAGAAUCAAGUCAAACUCUGGCACGACCGGCUACAUUGCCAACAUCGAGUACCGUAACAUCCAGGUCUCGAACAUCGACAUCUACGGUAUCGAUAUCCAGCAAGACUACCUCAACGGAGGCCCGACUGGCAGCCCAACCAACGGAGUCGUUAUCAAGAAUAUCACUAUGUCGAACAUCUCUGGUACUGCACAGGCCAAGGCCAGAGACUACUACAUUCUCUGUGGCGAUGGCAGCUGCUCCGACUUCAAGUUCAACAACAUUCACAUCACUGGUGGAACCAACAAUUCCUGCAAUAUCAAGCCUACAGGAAAUUUCCAGUGUGUUUAG